GUAACCUGUUGGAGAUUGAUCCGAUGGAAGAUAGACGUUAUACCCUAACCAAUGGCAAGCUAACCAUCAGUCCGCCAAAUAAGGAUUUAGACGCGGGGACAUACCAGUGUGAAGCCUCUAAUGAGUUCGGAACAAUCGUUGGGAAUAAAAUACAACUCACAUUUGGAUACCUGCAAGAUUUCUCCAAGACACUGCGUGAUCCAGUUCGAGUAAAUGCCUAUGAAGCCACUGGAAUAGACUGCAACCCACCUGCCCAUUACCCCGAUGUCUUAUACUCCUGGUAUAAGGACGACAUCAGGAAUUUCGUAAGGCCAGAACUGAAACCAUAUGUGUUUAUUUCCCGGUCGGGUAAACUGCUCUUCCAGAGUGUUACAUCUGAUGACGAGGGCCAGUAUUAUUGUCUUGUUUACAACCCAAGUGCCGAGGAUGCCACAUCGCCAUCUAUGGGAAAACACAGCACACCUAUUCCCAUCAUUGUUCUUGAGACUGUUCCCAGUGAGCGUGAACCUCAGAUGGAGUCGGGGUUCCCGCGUGCUUUCCCCAAUGCACCCAAGCGUGGAGAUACUGUCAACAUUGAAUGCUUCGCUCGAGGAACAGGUAUUUUGGUGUACACGUGGCGUAGAAAAGAUGACGAUAUGCCAGGCAAUGCUGUGAUAAGUGACCACGGUAGAGUCCUUACUAUACCAAAUAUCCAGUUCAAAGACAAGGGAGAAUAUGAAUGUACUGUACAGAGAACAGAGGGUCUGUCUACAUCUAAGACAAUCAUUGUGCCAUUGGAUGCUGAACCAUAUUUUACUCUGCCCAUUGGUAACAAGUAUGUUGACCAAGAAGGUGACCUAGAUUGGAGAUGCGAGGCCUCUUCUGCACCUGACCCCGUUUAUAGUUGGUACAAAAAUGGCAAGCUCCUCACCCAGGACACACUACCCCCCUCAGAGAGAGAAAGAAUGACUGUGUCAUACAAUGUGCUAAGAAUUAAAGCUGUUGAUCCGGAACGUGACCAGGGGAUGUACCAGUGUGCGGCUACUAAUCUACAUGGAACACGAUUCAGCACUGGACAACUGCAAGUCUUAUCAUUCCCACCAACUUUUGACAAGUUUCCAUUGGAAAGAAAUCAGUUUGGAUCUCGUGGUGGCAAUGUCACGAUUCUCUGUAGCCCUGAAGCUGCCCCCUCCCCUGUGAUUACCUGGUUGAAAAAUAAUCGUCCACUAGGAGUCUCUGAGGAUGAGGGAUCUCGCAUAAGACAACUUAAGGCAGGACAUCUUUUCAUCAGCAACGUCCAAGACUCGGAUCGAGGAUUCUAUACAUGUGUUGCUACAAAUGUGUUUGGGGAAUCUAAGAGCACGGGAAAUCUGACUAUUCUAACUACAUCUGUGAUAUCUCACAAGCCCAAGGAUGACAAAGUGACAAUUGGGUCAACUGCGACGCUACAUUGUCUGGCAUCCGUCAACCCUCUGCUUGACCUCACAUAUGUCUGGCUGCAUCAGGGCAAGAAAGUAAACAUAGAUGGCGAUAUAUGGUUGAAGCUGUUGCCUGAUCCACACUAUGAAAGAGGAGAGGGUGUGAACAAGGGAGAUCUCAUUAUCCUAGAUGUGCAACAGUACCAUGAGGGAAUAUAUACAUGUGUGGCAACAACAGUGGUUGGGAGCACCUCGGCUGAAUGUGAUCUAUUAGUAGUAGGUCCACCCGGAGAGCCAGCUGGUGUACGGGGGGAUGACAUCAAAGCCAGAUCUAUUACAGUACGGUGGCAGAAGGGCGCAGAAAAUGGUGCCCCAACUAAAGGAUUCAAAGUUGAGGCAUACAGUGAACAGCAUCCUUACUGGGAGGUUGUCAAGACUAACAUCCCAAUCAGCAGUAAAUCAACAGCUAAUGUAAUCUUAGGAUCUCAGGGAGCCAAUAUUAUUGAAUUUGAGUAUGAGGCUGUAAUUGACAGUCUGAACCCUUACACAAUAUACAAGUUCAGGGUACUGUCUGAGAAUGCCAAUGGAUGGGGACCCCCUAGUAAACCAUCACCUGAAUACACUACCCUUCAGGCACUACCUGACAAGUAUCCCAGACAAUUGGGAGGGGGUGGGGGUAAGGUAGGGGACCUAACUGUCACCUGGCAGCCGAUGAACACCUCUGAAUAUCACGGACAGGGUUUUGGAUACAGGGUAUUUUGGAGGUUACCAGGUACAGAUGAAAAAUGGGAGAAGAAUGAUGUAUUGGGAGGGGAGCAUUCUAAAUUUGUGGACACUGUAGGAUCCCUGAACUACUACAGACAGUAUGAAGUGACUGUUGCUGCAUUCAAUGCAGUUGGAGAAGGACCUAGAGCUCCCACUCAAAUUAUAUGGUCUGCUGAGAACAUGCCUACUUAUGUACCAGUCAAUAUACAUGCACGCCAGUACAAUGCCACUGCCCUGUUGGUCUCAUGGAAUCCUGUUAUAGAUGAUCGAAAGAACAUGAAGGGACGACUCUAUGGAUUUAGGAUCAACUACUGGAAGGCAGUAGGGGAAGAUGAGAACAUUGCCAAACGUCAGACUAUCAAUGGGACUGUGACGGAGGGCUUCAUUAUUGGACUGCUCCCAGAUACAUACUACUGGGUGAACGUCAUGGUCUUCAAUACAGCUGGCAAUGGCCCCAAGAGUCAGGACUUCAAACAAGAUACUCUUAGAUCUGCCCCCAUAGAGGCCCCCCAGGAGGUACAGGUUCGUGCCAUUAACAGUGAUUCCAUUCAUGUAAAAUGGCGAGGUGUUCAGAUCACAGGAAAGGAAGAACCUUUAGAAGGAUACAUUGUGAGAAUGUGGUAUGCUGAUGAGAAUGUGUACAGUUGGACGGACUAUGAUUCUGGAAAAGACACUGAGUAUACAGUCUACAACAUGAAAGAGGAUACCAUGUAUGAACUCAGGGUGCUAGGAUACAGUCGUGGCGGAAAUGGCACCAUGAGCUCUCCCACCAUACAACUUGUGCUGGGCAAAGAGUGCUAUAUCAGAGAAGAUAAACCAGAGGCAACAUAUAUUAUUCAGCAAACAACUGCUUCACUAUAUUGUAUAAGGAUAAACUUCUUAAGAAACAUUCCAAAUGUGAGACAUAGAUUCCAGAGUAGGCUACUAGAGUUCCAGAAUGCAAAUCGAUGCCAUACACUUAAUACGUUGUUAAUGCAGUUGUUAACUCACCAAGUUGGAGAUAAAACCUAGCAAGCAUAGU